AUGCCAUUAAGUGUUUUAUCCAAGCCAUCAGAAUAAAUCCCAACAACCCUGUUCUCCCUACAUUCUUAGCUAUGAGUUAUGCUGCCAAGGGUGAACAUAAGGAAGCCUUGAAGUAUUUCGAAUAGAGUGAGAGGUUAGAUCCCAUGAAUGGACUUAACAAAUACUAGAAAGCAAAUUCAUUGAUUAAAUUUGGAUUAAUACGAAUAAGCAUUGAUCAAUUUAUUCCCAAAGAAGCUGCCAUCUACAUUCUUAUGGGUCGUAUACUAAAAAAGUUGAAUAAGAUCCAAGAAGCAUAAAAUUGUUUCAAUAUGGCCAUGUCACUUGAUAUGAAAGAUUAGGCGAAGAUAAAAGGGUUGAUGGAAAGUCUGAGCAAUCCCAACAGUGAAUUCAACGAUGAUUUUGAUUUAUGA